CAUCUGACAGUGACAAUGAAGAUGCUAAUGCUUAUGAAAUUAAGAAACAGGCUGUUAGGCUAUUUUCCAUCAUGCGAGGCAAAUGUCUAUCAUGUCAGCUAAUGCAGCAAGCAUAACUAGGAAAUAUUGUGCAAGCUGGUUGUUGAAGGCUGAACCUAGGACAUCUAUUUUGAGUGGGUUUGGAUGGCUCCAAGAGACUAUUGACACACCAGGAGAGACGUACACAAUGCUGAGAAUGAGUGCAAGGGUAUUCUUUGAUCUUCAUGACUUGUUGGUUGAACGGUAUGGCCUCACACAUUCCCCCUAUGUUAGCAGCUAUGAGUCUCUUGCUAUGUUCUUGUGGACCUUGGGUGGUUUUGAAUCAAAUAGAAGAACACAAAACCGUUUCAAACAUUCACCAGAUACUAUCCACCGCAAAUUUCAUGAGGUAUUACAUUGUGUGGUCAGCAUGUCAGCUCAUUACAUAAAGCCAAAGGAUCCAAAUUUUCGCAAUGUGCAUCAUAGGAUUAGAAAUGAUAGAAGGGCCUACUCACAUCUAAAAAAUUGCAUUGGUGCAAUAGAUGGGACUCAUAUUAGGGCAGUGAUACUUGUGGACCAGCAAGUGAGAUAUAUUGGAAGAACAGACGCAAUUACUCAGAAUGUGAUGGCAGUAUGUGACUUUGAUAUGCAUUUCACUUAUGCUUCAAUUGGACAGCCUGGUGCUAUGCACGACACAAGUGUGCUAUAUCAUGCAAUUGACAAGGACAGGGUCAAGUUUCCGCAUCCUCCAAAGGGGAAGUACUACCUAGUAGAUGCAAGCUAUCCUAACAGAUUGGGCUAUCUUGCACCAUACAAAGGAGAAAGGUACCAUGUUCCUGACUUCCAUAUAGAGGUGUAGCUCCAAAUACUCCUAAGGAGAAAUUCAAUAGGAUCCACUCGUCCAAGCGCAAUUGCAUUGAGAGAGCCUUUGGAGUAUUGAAGAACAAAUGGCAAAU